CCGGCUCCGGUGCGCGGUGCCCUUGGGCGGCUGGGGACGAUGGCGGCGCUGGUGCUGCUGCGGGCGGGGCUGCGGCGGCCCCGCGGCGCCCAGCUGGCUCUCCUCGGGGACACCCUGCUCCGCCGCCCUGCCGUCCUGGCAGCUGCCGCCCCUGGGAGCGCUCCGCUCCGGCGAAGCCACAGCUCUCCCCGGCAGGGCCACGGCAGUUCCAAGGCUGCAUCUUUGCACUGGACAGGUGAGCGAGCUGUCAGUGUCCUCUUGCUGGGUCUGCUUCCUGCAGCCUACUUUUAUCCUGGACCAGCCAUGGACUAUUCACUGGCUGCAGCCCUCACUCUUCAUGGUCACUGGGGUCUUGGGCAGGUAAUAACUGACUACGUCCACGGAGACACAGCAGUCAAAGUGGCCAACGCGGGGCUGUACGCGCUGUCGGCCGUCACCUUCGCUGGCCUCUGCUACUUCAACUACCACGACGUUGGCAUCUGCAAGGCUGUUGCCAUGCUGUGGAGCCUCUAAGAUGCGACCAAGUCCCUGACAAAAAUGAUUGUUCACUGCUGCCUCUGCUUCAUCAUCUUUUUAUCAACAUGUUUCCUAUGAAACAGAUGAGUAAGCAAAGGGUCCAUAGGUUGUACAUACUGCAGGAAGAGCAGAACUAAGGCUUUUAGAAACAAUAAUCCAACAGCAGUUAAAAAUAUUAGGAGAUUUCAAGUGAAUUAAGGUCCAGGGGAGGGUGAGUUAAGCUGGACUGUACAUUUUGAAGCAUUAAUGCCAGACUCCAUAGCUGAAGGGAAUUGCUUUGCAAUGGCAGCUUUAAUGAGUGCUUUUUCUAUAGUAGCUGUUGUUUGGUUUCUUACUUUGUAAAGCAAGGUUGGAUUGUGGAAAAUGAACCUAAUACUUCUGACAUCACAACUGUGUGAGGCACUCCCUGGUUAACUCUUUGGACCCUGAGAGUUGAUGUUAAAAAAGGGAAUAUUUUUUUCUUAAUCCAUGCAAUAAAAAUCUUUACAGAAA